AUGGAGACGAAAAGUAGCAAACGAAGCCGUACGAGUUAUACUAGGCAUGACGGAACUUAUGAAAAGAAGCUGAACAUUGAAAUCUCUGCGAAGGAAGAGGAAUUCAAUACAUACUCUUCUCGUUCAGCACGAAGACAAAGAAAAAGGGCUGUAUCAAGAACUGCUCUGCACAGCACAGCGAAACGCACCAAGCACUGCAGCAAGGACCAUGAUUCUAAGAUUGACCGAAUUUUAGGGAAAGGCCUAGAGCCUCAAAUAACUGGAAACCAAGAAGAAAGGUAUUUAGAAGUUCCUGUGUCAGUCAUGCUGAAAACUAUCGAAUUGUAUUGUACAUCAUUUGAAACUAAAGCAAAGAAGGAAGACUUCCCAGAACCUCCUAUCAUGAAGGCAAUACCCCCUCAGAUUCUCUCGUCUCGCGAGGCUGGAAGCAAUACAAAGCCUGUCUAUCAAGACGCACUACCUACUGAAAUAAAGGAUUAUCGUUGUAUGACGGUAUCUUCGAAACCUCAGACAUCGUUGCAUUCAACAAGAAGGUAUCCUAGGAAUCUACUCAAAGCUGCGGUGACAGCACAGAAAGCAAAGAAGGUUGCCAGCUCAAAACUUUAUGCAUCCGAACUAAACAAAUUGACUCGUUGGUGGAAAACAGUCAUGUGCAUCUUGUCAAUCACAAUGGUAGUUCAUGCGAUUUGUACCAAGCAGCCAUUUGAAAAGGACUGUAUCUAUGUAAAUGGUGGUGGAUUCGGCGGUUUCUGGUUCAUUCUAGGACAACUUUACAAACUACACGAAAAGAAUGAGAUCAAGGACUACGUGUGCUAUUCUGCUGGAUGCCUCGGUGCAGUCUCUAUCAUGGCCAAUCGCACGUUUGAUGACUUGUUUGAUUCGGCGUUAAAUAUUCAGACCAACUGGAAGCAGGGAUCCAUUUCUCGCUUUGACGCAGUGGAACUCUUUGUGGACGAUCUACUUGGCAACUCGAAUUCAGAAUUCGACGUGGCAGCCUUUUCCAACGUUCACAUUCUGACAUCUGUUCCCAAAAGUGGCGGAUGGGAAGUAAAACAAAACAUCGCUGAAGACUUGGAACACUUGAAAACCCUUCUCGUGCAAACGGCAUGGAUACCAUUCAUUACUGGUGAUCAUAUUUGGCAUCCAACGACUGGCCAUAUGGAUGGUGGCUUCUCGAGGCUGCAACAUCCAACAUGCAAGGUUCAUAUCUCGCUGCCUUGGGAUUGGAAUCUUCUAGUAAAUACAAUGAACAUAAACAUGGGAAAAGAAGAAGGAAACCGUUAUUGGGAGCUGGGUCUCAAGUAUGGUAGUUAG